UGUGGACUGUUCAGUGUUAAUAGCAUAGACUGUAUAGUAAACGGUCCGACUCCGCCCCCUCAUCCGGGCUGCACCGGAGAAGAAAGCGAUUGCAAUAGCAGAUGACGCAUGCGCAUUAGCGUUAACAAUGUGGCUGUCCUUCAGUAGAAGUGUUCAGCGGUUGAUUCAGCCACAAUACGUUUUGCUCUCAAAAGUGUGUGUCCACAAGGUGCACAGCAGUAGAACUAGGUUUACAGACGGCUGCUAUGAUGGGCUGUAUCCUGGACAUAUCCACACCACUCCCAUCCAGAAGGCCCUGUUGGCUGUGGGGUCAGGAGUGGCUGCACUACAAAACCCCUACAGACAUGACAUGGUUGCAGUGCUGGGGGAGACAACAGGACACCUAGCGUUGAUAAAUCUCAGGGAAAAGAUGAGAAACGACCCUGAAGGCUACACUAUCCUUACAGAAAGGCCCAGAAUCCGUCUGUCUACGCUUAAUCUGAGCGAGAUGUCCUCUCUGCCCGACGGAUCUUUUGGGAGGGAAUACUGUCGUUUCCUGGAGGACAAUCAUGUGACUCCAGACUCAAGGGCAGACGUGAAGUAUGUGGACAAUGAGGAGCUAGCUUACGUUAUGCAGAGAUACAGAGAGGUCCAUGAUUUACUGCACACCUUACUGGGCAUGCCCACCAAUAUGUUGGGUGAAGUGGCAGUGAAAUGGUUUGAAGCUGCUCAGACUGGCCUUCCCAUGUGUACGCUUGGAGCUGUGCUGGGGCCACUGCGGUUGAAUCCAAGCCGUCUACAGCAGCUGUUCACAUCCUUGGGCCCUUGGGCUCUUCACAAUGGUCGUCGGGCCCGCUGCGUCCUCAGUAUCUUCUACGAGAGACGAUGGGAGCAGAACAUCGAAGACCUCCGACAAGAGCUCAACAUAGAGCCACCUCCUGUCAUACUCAGUGCUACCAAGAAGUGAAACACAUGAGUAAAGACAAAACAAAAAAACAAGAAGCAAAAUUAAGGAAUCGCCCUAACUGAAGCAUUUGAAAGGGCGUACACUAGAGAUGGACGUUCGUAACUAAGGAAGUGAGGAAAUUGCACAGUUACUAAACUUUGUGUUUUCCAAUUAUGUGAAUCACCUUGAGUGCUGUAAAUUAUUCUGAUGAAACGCUUGAGUUUUUAAGCCUCCCUUAUGCUGGUGAAUAGAUCCGGUUCAAAAUGACAGGUUCAGUCACUGUUGUUGAGAAUGUGAGAGGAAGUAUGUAUUGGUUUAAAGAAGAAAAAUGAAUUAAUAACUGUGUUAUGUCAUUAUCAAAUACUUACCGAUAAACUGGUGUCAUCUGUAAUCGGGUUUGAAAAGUAGGGAUGUACCGAUCCCAUACUGAGUUUUGGAUAUGAUAUUAGACAGGGAACAAUGUAAAAUCCCAUAUUAUACAUUAGCCUAAACAAUCAACUGUCAUUAACGUGUAGGCUCCAUUGAGUGUUGAGUUAUAUCAAGUAUUUUACACUAGAAUUGUUUUUCCUCUGUUAUUCUGAAUACCCAGAUUUAACUUUUGCACAAAACUGCACUUUCAACAAUUCAUGAGUGUUUUAAAUGGCUUCUUUUGCAAAGUGCAUUGAUACCAAUUAUAUAUUAAAAGCCUGCAGAAUGGUAUUGAGCCAUCUCUUAUAUUAAUUUUGGUUCAUCAGCAUAAUUGUUAUGCCAAUUGUUAAAUGGUUAUUUCGUGACACAUUUUGUAGUUUAUUAUAAUCAUGACUAUAUUCAGUGUCAUAGAUUUCACUUUGUAGUUGCACACUAAUUGAUGGGAAAGGAGCAGAUGCUUCUAUUAUCUUAUCGCCUUCACAAAAUAAAUAUGAUGCAUCUCCUAUUUACGGUCAUGAUGAGGAACAGGAAGUACGUAUUUCUUGGCAGGUGUAUGACAUAAGCAAACAAUCCCCUUUAAACUUUAGUUCCAAGCAUUCUCAUUAAGAAACAUUUCAUCAUAAGGUUAGGUUAGUUAUGAGUGUCAAAUGUGAAGAGAUUAGUUAAAUACUCUCCCAUUAUACAUUUAGUUCAGGGUCACUAUGCAAAUGUUUAUUUGGACACAAUGCACAAGAUAAGCAUGUGCACAACUGCAUGUAAACAUGUAACAACUAUGAUGAUGUGUUUAACUCACAAUGUGUAUCAUGUUUUAGGUUACACACUCAAUGAUAAAUCACAUGGGACACGUUCAACAAUACACACUAGUUUGGAAUCUGAUGGACCCUAAUGGAAAGAUGUUUGUUUCCACAGUGCUUCUGUUACAAUAGCCUGACUAGAAGGAAUUGGCUGAUACAAUGUUACACCACAUAGUACUGUAAUCACAAUACAUUGUAAUCACUACAUCCUGGGACAUCCACUACAUUCACUGUAGAAGCUGCCAAAAUAUGAAGGUAUUCCACAUUAAAUGAAUUAAGAUUAUUUUUACAAAAUUGGAUUAAAGAUUCAUUAAUUUGACAUUACUGCCCCCUGGUGGUCUUCUAAAUAAAUACUCUGUGAAGUGAAGGAAGUGUUCACAUCUGCUCUGCCUCAGGAUCUAUGGUUGAAUCACAGUUUGUCUCUUUCUCAGAUUUUAAGACUCACUAAAAACUGUUUUGUGGGCUCAUGUAUUAGGGUCUUCACAUCCUUCUGACCUGAGAGCCUUUGCUUGAUUUAGCCAAGUGUCUAAUAGAAAAUGGCUAUAUUAACUCUACAGAGAUUAACGAGUUGUGAAGUGUAACUAAGAACAUGUACUCAAGUAUCCUGACUGUAACAUACUAAAGG